CCCUUGGUGAAUUGACUCUUGCGCACUGCAGCUGUAUUCAACGUCGGCGAAGUGGCGCGGUUACUGGAAUGGGUGGGUGUGGUUCUUUUUCUUUCUCUGGUUGACAUCCGUGCCAAAGCGGUUGAUGAAAAGUUCGAAACCAAGAAAUGGACUGCAGGGUGACACUUCGACUGGUAGUACUGACUCUUGUUCCAGGACACAUUCAUGCUCGAGUUCGUCACUCGUUGUAUCAUCGCAUUCAGCUAUAUCAUCUAGAUCCGACUCAUACUCUCGCAAACCGUUUCUGGUGUUUCCAUAAUGCACUCGAUCCUCCUUCGACCCGCAUGGCACUAGUACUAUCAGCUCGAUUGUACUCGUACAUAAUCGUUCAGCUUUUUCGGUGUGCAUUGUUUUCACCGUUUUGCAUUACCUUGUGUUAUAAACACGAUUCUACAUUUUUCCAUGGUGUGCUAAAUGAGUCGUACCACUCAGUCCAGGAGAAGCAAACAUCACAGGACGCUCAGAGUCUCGCAUAACGUUGUCGUGCCACUUUCGCUGAUGUGUCUGACCUUGGCAUCCCCACCCACUCACAGGUUCUCCCGCUAAUUCUACUCGUCAUCUUUCGUCCCAG